AUGGCUGAAGUGCUCAUUGUGGAGGCCAUCUUGUUUGGCAUUUUGGUCUUCUGUGGAAUUCUGGGAAAUAUUCUGGUCAUCUAUACGGUGGUACUGUGUUCCCUGGAGAGUCUGUCUCGUCACAUGCCUCCGUCUGACAUGAUCCUGCUCAAUCUAGCACUAGCGAACCUGCUGACGUCGCUGUUCCGCACCGUGCCCAUCUUCAUCUGGGACCUGGGUCUGGAAUUGUAUCUAGAAACAGACUGGUGCCGAGUGUUCAUGCUGCUGUGGGUGUGGUGGCGCUCCGUGGGCACCUGGACCACGCUGACCCUCAGCAUCUUUCACUACACAAUGCUGACACGUAAGCAUGUUGCUGUGGGGCCGCUGGCACACCAGAGGGACCGAAGACGUACCAUUCUGAUGCUGGGAUUCGUCUGGGGUGCCAACCUGGCGUUUUCAUUACCCGCCGCCAUAUACUCCGUACACAUCCAUGGAAAUUCUACGUCCGAACUGAUGGUGAUAAGCUGCACCACGCGCCCGCUGCUCGGCUGUACGUGGGACUUCCCAACCAAAGAGCAGGGGGAGGCUUUUGCCUCCACCUCACUCAUUCUCAACGAGGUGCUGCCUCUGCUGCUGAUGGUGAGUACUAACCUGGCGACUCUCCAGGCACUGGCUAAACACAUCCGCAUGGUGACGGUGGGUGUGGAGAGCGGAGCGGUUCGCGUGCACAUGGAGCGGAAAGCGGGUCAGGUGAUCCUGAUGCUGGUGGCACUGUUCGUCGUGUGCUGGGUGCUGCAGGUGACUGCUGUGACUUAUUACAACUACAAUGGUGGAAAGCACACAGAGGGCCUGCUGACCAUCUCACAGUUCUCCUCCUCCGUCUUCGGGGGCUUCAGCCCCAUGGUGGUGGCGUUCGGCCAUGGCAAAUUGCGCAAGAGGAUCAUGGUAAUGGUGCAGGAGCUGGGCAUCUGGGUGGGCUGCAGAACCACCAACAGUGAGGCCAAGAAGAAGAAGGAGCUGGAGAGCACCACCAUCUCGUACAAACAAGAGGCACAAACAAAGAAUGUGAUGAUGUGACUUCAGCACUGAGGGCAUCAA